GAACAAAUAAGAACUUCUGAAAUUCCAUUAUUGCCCCCAAAUGUUGAAAAUAAUUACGACAAAAAAAAAAUGAGGGACACAUCGUGAAGAUGGCAAUGGCUUGAGGGCGGCGACGGCGAGCACGACGGCGGCAACGACGAGCUCAAAGAACGGUUCAUGAGAUAUAAUGUGGCUCCUGAUUAUCACAUCAUUGAUAGUAAUAUGGGUCGCUUCUCUUUGCAAAAUGUUCCACAUAUCCUCCUCCUCCUCUACAAAACCCGACUUCUUGAGUAGAGGUGGGGUUUCUGAUAGGAGAAAUGUCUUACUGGUUGUAGCACACCCCGAUGAUGAGUCCAUGUUCUUUUCUCCAACGAUAAGUUACCUUAUUGCGAGGGGGCACAAUCUUCACAUUUUGUGUUUAUCCGUAGGUAAUGCAGAUGGCUUAGGGAACAUAAGAAAAGAAGAGCUCUACAAAGCCUGUGAAGUCCUUAAGGUGCCGCAUCAGCAAGUGAAAGUUUUGGACCACCAAGAAUUGCAGGAUGGGUUCGGCAAAGCUUGGAGCCACAGCUUGGUUUCCGAGAUUAUUGAAGAGGAAAUCUUAACUAAUGGGAUCAAUGCAAUAAUUACAUUUGAUAACUAUGGUGUUUCGGGUCAUUGCAAUCAUCGAGAUGUACACCAUGCAGUUCGGAAGCUCCUACACGAUACAUCACGAAGAGAUAUCGAAGCUUGGGAACUCGUCAGCACAAGCAUUCUGCGCAAGUACAGUGGGCCUGUUGACAUUUGGAUCUCGACUUUAUCUUCAUCUCAAAGCUCUGGUGGAUCAGCGUACUGUAUAUUAAAUGAGCAGCCUCGCAGGAGCUUCCGAGCAAUGUCCAAGCACUCGAGCCAGUGGGUUUGGUUUCGGAAGCUGUUCGUGUCAUUUUCCAGUUACACUUACACCAACGUGCUUCGGAGGAUUGACGCGUGAAAGCUCGUAUUCUUUCUUUAAUUAGCUCCUGAUACCUUCUCUAAUUUAAGUCGUGCAACUUCCUCAGUCCACCGUAUCACGACCUUUACUCAACGUCUUCUUCCCCAUUCUAGUUUUCUAUGCUCAUUUGUUGAUUAAUUAUAAUGUUAAUCUUAAUCACGAAUUAAAGUUUUCAAUUGAUACUUCUGUUUGAGUAGAUUCCCGACCCCACAGCUUUGUAGAUUUUAAUGUUGUC